AUGAAAGCUCUCGUCUCGAAAUCUCAUCUCCUGUCUAGGAUUGCCUCCUUGGCUCUUGGUCGACAAGUCGGCUUCUCGGGUGCCGCCUACCAAGAUGUCCCCAAACCCAUCAUUUCGCCUGAUGAGAUCCUUGUCAAGGUUCGCGCCGUGGCGUUGAAUCCGACAGACUUCAAGCAUAUCGACGCUAUUGCGUGGCCGGGAACCAUCAUUGGGUGCGAUUUUGCCGGCGAGGUCGUCGAAGUUGGUGCCAAUGCCACAGGAUCAUGGUCUGUGGGUGAUCGGGUUGCCGGCGCCGUCCACGGAGGACUGUACCCUGACCGUGGCUCAUUCGCCGAAUAUUUGAAGACGGAUGCGGAUCUGGCCUGGAAGAUCCCAGAGGGUGUAAGUGAUGCGGAAGCUACGACGUUCGGUAUUUCGGCCUGCACGGCUAUGCACGCAAUCAAUGCCCGCCUUGGUCUCCCAUGGGCGGACGAGGCCCCCAAACACAACAACCCCGCCGGAGAGGCCGUAAAGCCCACCAUCUUCGUCUAUGCCGGGGCUACGGCCGCCGGUCUCUUCACUAUUCAGGUCGCCAAGGCAGCUGGCUGUACCGUUGUGACAACAGCCUCACCAAAGUCGGCAGGUUUGGUCAAAAGCUAUGGUGCCGACGCCGUCUUCGACUACAAUGAGCCUCUUGUUGGCGAUACCAUCGCAAAGCAGUACCGAGGCAUCACAAUGGGGGUAGACUGCUUUUCCGAAGGGAAGUCAUUCGCUAUAUGUGACGCCGUUCUGGGCAGCAGUGGCGGUACACUCAUCACGCUACUACCGCCGCCAAAACCCAAGAAUACUGCUAUCAAACACGAGCUGAUUAUGUCGUAUACGCUAUUCGGACGGCCAUUCCACUUCCUGGCACCGAUCGGCCCCAAGUUUCCAGCCAUGCCAAACGACCGUGCAGCCCUGGCACGAUUCUACGCCAAGCUACCUGAACUUCUCAAUGAGGGUACGCUGAAGCCGUUACCGACGUCUGUGCGUAAGAAUGGAUGGGAUGGGAUUUUGGAGGGUUUGGAUGACUUGCGAGGCGGAAAGAAUCGCGGGAAGAAAUUAGUUGUUGAGUUAUGA